UGUAAUUGUUCCUAGAUCCCCGACAAUGGAGCGAAGCAGCAGUAGCAGCGUGGCUGCGCUGGGCUGCGCGAGAGUUCUCCCUGGAGGGUGUGGCGCUGCAACAGUUUGCGCGCGCGCAAGGCAAAGAUAUAUGUGCAAUGGGCCGUGAGGAGUUCCUGGCUCGCGCUCCCGCCUUCAUGGGCGACAUUUUAUGGGAACACUUAGAGAUCUUACAAAAAGAUGUUGAAAAAGAGCGUUCGUUACUCGCAAACGUACCGCCGAAUAUGUACGAAAGCAACGUUUGCCUGCCCGAGCUUUCCGACUACAUCCCUCCGCCUGCACACCACUACAAUAACAAUAAUAACAACACUGGUAAGUCUUAAAGCAUUAUAUUAUGACGUUUCCUUCCUACUAACUUAUGAUACUU